CCAGAUAAAAUACUGUUACUUAAUAGUUUUAUCGUAACGUCAGAGCCAGAGAGUCAGAAUAAGUAAUUUUUUCAUGACAUACUGACAGUACACGUCAUCUAUUUGUUCCCAUCUCCGUUUUACUUAUAGAUUCUACUGUAUAUAGGAUAGUUUUAUUAUAACACGUAUUCAGUUCCUAGUCUUCAGUCUUCAGUCUUCAGCCUAGUGAUCUAGACUGGAGUUUACAGCCGGAUAUAUAUAUUUAAUUUGUGUUACGUUACUGUGCUAGUUCGAGAUCAACAUCCUAACUUCUCUACAACGUAUUAUAUUUUAUAUUUUUCAACCACACCCAUCAAUCAAAAUGUCUGCCAGUAAAUACUAUCACGUACAAUGCACACCAACAGUCUACCCAGCGGAUCCCUUUGAUGCAGAAUCCGACGCCGCUUUACUGCGUACGGCAAUGAAAGGAUUUGGCACCGAUGAGCAGGCGAUUAUUGACGUUUUAGCCCAUCGUGGAAUAGUCCAACGGCUGGAAAUUGCAGAUAAAUUCAAGUCCAUGUACGGCAAGGAUUUAAUUUCCGAGCUCAAGUCCGAAUUGGGCGGUAACUUUGAAAACGCUAUUUUGGCUCUGAUGACACCGCUUCCUAAUUAUUAUGCCAAGGAACUGCACAACGCUAUUUCCGGUGUAGGUACCGACGAAGGUGCCAUCAUAGAAGUACUCGCUUCCUUGAGUAAUUACGGCGUUAAAACAAUUGCAGCAGUUUACAAAGAACUUUAUGACUCAGAAUUAGAAGAUGACCUAAAAGGCGACACUUCCGGUCAUUUUAAACGAUUGCUAGUUUCAUUAUCAUGCGCAGCAAGAAAUGAAGAUCCAGAUAUUGACGAAGCUUCCGCUAUCGAAGAGGCUGAAAAACUUUACCAAGCUGGUGAAGGUCAAUGGGGUACUGAUGAAAGUACCUUUAAUUCUAUUUUGAUCACUAAAAGUUUUCCACAAUUACGUAAAAUAUUUCAUGAAUACGAGAGAAUUUCCGGAAGUAGCAUCGAAGAUGCUAUCAGACGUGAAUUCUCUGGUUCAUUGGAAGAUGGUUAUCUCGCAGUUGUUAAAUGUGCAAGAGAUAAAACAGCUUACUUUGCUGAAAGACUCCACAACGCUAUUUCCGGAAUGGGAACUGACGACUCAACAUUAAUUCGUGUUAUCGUAACACGUUCAGAAAUAGAUUUAGGUGAUAUUAAAGAUGCUUAUCAACAAAUUUAUGGAAAAUCACUUGCUGGAGAUAUUGAUGAUGAUUGUGCUGCGGCAUGUAAAAAACUUCUUAUUGCUCUUCUUAAUUAAAAAAUAAUUAAUGAGUAUAAAAUAAUAUAAAUUUAAAAACAUUCCAAUUAAUUUUUAAAUAAAUUAGAAUCUUUGUACUUUGUUUAAACAUAAAUAACUGUAGGGUAAUUUGAUUGUUUUAUUGAAGUCGAUCGAACUGGAAAUUUUAUUUUUGACGAGGGGAUAUCGAAACAGCCUAAUUCUAUUGUACGAUGAAUGAAAUGAUAAACUGCUAUUCUUAAAUUAGAGCAACAAUGGAAGUGAUGCAGUUUGAAGGUUAGGUCAUAGAAUGUUACGCAAACUUCGGCAUUUAUUUUUUCAAAUUCUGGAAUUCCGACACAAAUUGGCGGCGGGUUGCGCGCUAAAAUAUAAAUUAUUACAUUAAUAUCAUAAAUAUAUACAUAUAUAUAUAUAUUUAAUGUUGUACUUAAAUUAAGUAUUGAGUUUUCAUAGAUUUAGUUACUCAAAAUGGCUGCAAAAUUUUUCGGACAAAUUUGAAAAUAGAAUUGAUUUAAUAAAAGUUUCUUGCAAUAGAAUUUUUUAAAAAAUGAAUAUAUCAUGAUACUGAAGUUAAGCGACGUCUGAUAAUUUUUACAUUUUUUUUUCAAAAUGAUAAAUUAUAAAAAAAAAAUAUUUGAAAAAUUGCACUCAUGGUUUUUUAAAUUUUCUGCAUGUACAUAUGUUUAGUUUUUUUUUUUGUGAUUGAUUUAUUGAAAAAAAAAUCCGAAAAUUGUCAAUUGUCUAUUAAUUUCACGAUCAUAUGAAAGACAAUUAACAAUUUUCCAAUUUUUUUUUUUUCGUCAAUUUACAAAAAAAAAACUAUGCACAUAUGGAAAAUCAAAAGAACUAUGGGUGCAAUUUUUUAAAUGUUUUUUUUUAUAAUUUAUCGUUUUUAAAAAAAUCAAAAAAUUAUUCGACGGCGGCAAACUUCCGUAUCAUGAUAAAUUAUAUGAUAAAAAAUAAAAUUACUAUUA